UGGGAGGAGAUGGUGAUGACACACAGAUUGGCCACAGCCCUGCAGCUUGGGGGCCCAGGGAGUUGGAGUCCAGGCACUGCAGAGGCCCAGAGCCUCACUAAUUGGCCACUGGAGGCCCAAGUACCAGCCCUGCCAGGUACACAGUGACCCCAAGUGAAGGUGCCUUAACACGCUGCCCAGCUGGCAGGACAGGAGAGGAGGCUGACGUGGGGCCCAGAGCCUCACUGGACCUACUACUGCCCGCCACCUCACUCACUGCUCAGGAGGUCACAGCUGAGCCGCAGAGGACAAGGGGCUGGGCAUCCGCCUCCCCGUCUCCAGCACAGACCUGGCUCAGGAGCACAGGGACCCUGGAAGCACAGCUGCUGUCCUAACCCUCACCUGGACAGGCAAGGUCAACACACCACCUGCUCAGGCCUGCCAGGACCAGAAGCUGACCAUGAGUGAGCAGGCAGCAAGGCUGUGUAUGCAGUAAGCACUCAGGCCUUGCCCCAGCGGGGGGGCAGAGACCACUCCCCUGCCCACACCCUGCCCUGCACCCUGGUGGCUGGGCAGGGCCUGUGAGCCUUGGCCUGAGCACCCGCUGGCUGCCCCUUGCUAAGCACAGGCUCCGAGUCUGCAGGCUGGGGCUGCGGCUCCUGCAUUUCCACCAGCUCCCAGGGGCCAGGGACGCUGCUGGCUCAGGACCACCUGUGCACAGUGGGCCAGGGACAGUGGGGAGGACAGGCCAUCCUAUCACACCCAGUCAGUCUUCCAGCUCCCCAGCAGAUGGGCACCCUCCCUGCCCCGUGGCCAGCUGCUCAUUCCACUGGGCCCAGGGAUGGCCCUGCGUCCUCACCAGGCUGGACAGCUCUGCUCUGUCCCUCUUCCCAUGUGAGUCAGUGACCUUGGCCUUGGGGUGGGCAUUCCAAGUGUUUUCAGCUCAUCACAAGGUCAAGCUGUGCGGUCAGUGUGGGCACCACCAGGGGCCGUUCAAGAAUUCUCUGGUUCAGGGUGCAGCAUGGCACCGACACGUCUCUGUACUCCACAAAAGACGUGACCAUGGUCCCGUAACCUGCUCAGUCUCACGGCCUCCACUGUCCUCUGUGCCUGCUGUCCCAGCGCAGGGCCAUGCCGACCCUCAGAAAUGGAAACCUCUCGGCGCUGCCCUUGCGGGAGUUUGUGCUGGAGGGCUUUAGAGGAGGGGUGGAGAUUCAAGCUCUGCUCUUUGCUGUCUUCCUGGCCCUGUAUGUGGUGACCGUCCUGGGCAACGUCUCCAUGAUCGUGGUCAUCACCCUGGAUGUCCGCCUGCACUCCCCCAUGUACUUCUUCCUCAAGAACCUGUCCUUCCUGGACCUCUGCUACUCCUCCGUCAUCGCCCCCAAUGCCCUGGCCAACUUCCUCUCCUCCAAGGCCAUCAGCUUUGGGGGAUGUGCUGCCCAGCUGUUCUUCUUCUCCUUUCUUGGUACCACUGAGGCUUUCCUUUUGGCUGUGAUGGCCUAUGACCGCUUCAUGGCCAUCUGCAGCCCCCUGCAUUACCCUGUGACUAUGUGUCCUGCUACGUGUGUCCGCCUGGUGCUCGGAGCCUACUGUGGAGGCUGCCUCAACUCCAUGGUAGAGACCAGCCUCACCUUCCAGCUGCCCUUCUGCAGCUCCAACCGCAUCGACCACUUCUUCUGUGACGUGCCCCCCCUGCUCCGGCUGGCCUGUGCCAACACGGCUCUCAAUGAGCUUCUCCUGUUUGGCCUCUGUGGUUUCAUCAUUGUGAGCACUACACUAGCGGUCCUGGUCUCCUAUGGCUAUAUCGCAGUGACCAUCCUCAGGAUGCGCUCAGGAUCUGGGGGGCACAAGCUCUUCUCCACCUGUGGCUCCCACCUGACAGCCGUGUCCUUAUUUUACGGAACACUAUUUGUGAUGUACGCCCAGCCAGGAGCAGUGGAGUCCAUGGAGCAGGGCAAGGUGGUCUCUGUCUUCUACACCCUGGUCAUCCCGAUGCUCAACCCCCUCAUCUACAGCCUGCGGAACAAGGACGUGAAGGACGCUCUGCAGAGGCUGGCACAGAGGCACAUCGCCAUGUGA